UCUUGCUGCGCAGCGCCAUUGCCGUCUGCGGUAAAAGUAUAAAAACGAAGAAUAACGUCCGCGAUACUUUUCGGUCUCAGCUCAGUCUACAUCCAAUUGCGGAGUUGGCAAGUUUAAGUUUAUUUUAAAUAAAAUACUAAUUUGUGACACACCAACCGGCGAAGUGUGGUCUACGAUUUUUACGCUCAGCCACGACGAAUCUUAUUAAAUAAUUCGAAGAAACGUUAAAUUAGCAAUCAAACCCUGAACCAAGAGCAAAAUGUGUGGAAUAUUUGCUUACCUAAAUUAUCUAACUCCCAAGUCUCGUCAUGAAGUCUUAGACUUGCUUGUAAAUGGCUUGAAACGGCUGGAAUAUCGCGGUUAUGAUUCAACAGGCGUUGCUAUUGACUCGCCAGAAAACAAAGACAUUGUUAUGGUGAAACGGUGCGGAAAAGUAAAAGUGCUGGAGGAUGCAAUUAAUGAAGGUUUUAGCGGUAAGGAGUACGAUGCCCCCGUAAUGACACACGUUGGUAUAGCGCACACGCGUUGGGCCACUCACGGUAUUCCUUGCGAGACCAAUUCUCACCCACAACGCUCCGACGAAGGCAAUAGUUUCGUUGUUGUUCACAAUGGCAUAGUUACUAAUUACAAAGAUGUAAAAACUUUUCUGGAGAAACGAGGCUAUGUUUUCGAAUCAGAUACGGACACAGAAGUUAUUGCGAAAUUAGUGUACCACCUGUGGAAAAAACAUCCAGGCUACUCUUUCCGCGAACUUGUGGAACAAGUUAUUCAACAACUGGAAGGUGCAUUUGCCAUCGCAAUUAAAUCAAAACACUUUCCUGGAGAAUGUGUGGCUUCCCGGAGAGGUUCUCCCCUCUUAGUCGGCAUAAAAACAAAGACGCGCUUAUCCACUGAUCACAUCCCCAUUUUAUAUGGAAAAGACGAUAAGUCACCGCAAACUUGCGAAAAAGAACAUCGUCCUCAUGGACAAACUCGUGAAUUGCCAGUUUUGCCACGUAUUGAAAGCGCUUCUGAAUUCAUGCCGCUGGAGGAGAAGGAGGUCGAAUACUUUUUUGCAUCCGAUGCCUCAGCUGUCAUUGAGCACACCAAUCGCGUCAUUUACUUGGAGGAUGAUGAUGUGGCCGCUGUUCGAGAUGGUACAUUAAGCAUCCAUCGUCUGAAGAAAUGCCAAGAUGAUCCACAUGCGAGGGAGAUAACUACAUUAAAAAUGGAAAUUCAGCAGAUUAUGAAGGGUAACUACGACUACUUCAUGUUGAAGGAGAUUUUUGAGCAACCUGAGUCUGUGGUCAACACCAUGCGCGGUCGUGUGCGAUUUGAUUCCAACACUGUGGUAUUGGGUGGCAUUAAGGAGUUUAUACCUGAAAUUAAGCGCUGUCGUCGACUGAUGUUAAUCGGCUGUGGCACUUCGUAUCACAGCGCUGUGGCCACGCGCCAAUUAUUGGAAGAACUCACCGAGUUGCCGGUGAUGGUGGAGCUAGCAUCCGAUUUUCUAGAUCGCAACACACCCAUUUUCCGUGACGACGUUUGCUUUUUCAUCUCUCAGUCCGGAGAGACUGCUGACUCACUCAUGGCCUUAAGAUACUGCAAGCAGCGAGGCGCUCUUAUAGUCGGCAUAACAAACACAGUUGGCAGUAGUAUAUGUCGCGAAUCUCACUGUGGUGUUCACAUCAAUGCCGGUCCCGAAAUCGGUGUCGCCUCCACUAAAGCUUACACGUCACAAUUCAUCUCAUUAGUAAUGUUCGCGCUGGUGAUGUCUGAAGAUCGUCUAUCGUUGCAGCAGCGUCGUUUGGAAAUUAUACAGGCAUUGUCCAAGUUACCGGACCAAAUUAGAGAGGUGUUAAAGCUAGAUAAACAGGUGCAGGAACUGGCCAAGGACUUGUUCCAUCACAAGUCAUUGCUGAUUAUGGGGCGUGGCUAUAACUUUGCCACAUGCUUGGAAGGCGCAUUGAAAGUGAAAGAGCUGACGUACAUGCAUAGUGAAGGCAUUAUGGCUGGAGAGCUUAAACAUGGCCCGUUAGCGCUUAUUGAUGACCGCAUGCCUGUUCUGAUGAUUGUUCUGCGUGACCCAGUUUAUGUGAAAUGUAUAAAUGCGUUGCAACAGGUGACAUCACGCAAGGGCUGCCCUAUCAUUGUCUGUGAGGAAGGUGACGAAGAGACCAAGUCCUUUUCGUCUCGCUCACUAGAGAUCCCACGCACUGUUGACUGCCUUCAAGGAAUUCUUACGGUCAUUCCAAUGCAAUUACUUUCAUAUCACAUCGCCGUGCUUCGCGGUUGCGAUGUCGACUGUCCACGAAAUUUAGCUAAGUCUGUGACGGUGGAGUAAAGGUUAAUAAUUUACAUAACUGUUUAUUUUUGUUUUUCGUUUUUUAAUAUACAUAUACAUGAAUACAUAUCAUUUCAAUGGAAUUUAAAGCAAGAUUUAUACACAGAUGGCAUUUCAUGAAUAUUUUUAAUGGGUUCUUGCUAGAGCUGAGCAUUGGAAUUCACAUUAAUUUUUAUUGAAUAUGUAAUUAAACAUUAUAAUGUCAACAAAAA